AUGAUUCUGCAAUAUUAUGAUGUCAUGCUUUAUGAAGAGGACGUAUUUUUUCUUUCUGAUGAUCAAUGGCUCAACGAUACUUGUAUCGAAUUCUAUAUGGAAUACUUGGAACGUACGAAACUUUUAUCGAUUAGAGGUUCAUCCGUUCUCCAGGUAUUCUUAUUACGUCCAGCCAUUACCUUUCUAAUCACCAACUCACCAGAUAAAUCAGACCUAUCCUCAGCCAUACCAGCUCAACUGACUGUAUCGGACGUCAUAUUUAUGCCCGUCAAGUUUGUAUUAUAUGUUGACAAGGGUUCACCUUUACGCUUACGGUUUAAAGAAAGUGAUGUUCUAUUCUUGAAGCUUACUAAAUUUUUGCAUCUAUAUGUGAAGUCGAUUAAUAAGUUUCUCCAUUACGAUUCCGCCGGACCAAUGAACAUGUCAUAUGCUAGGAUAACAGCGAAGAAGGUAGCAAGAAGACUUGGAAUCAAAGAUUAUGAAGUGAUUGGGAUGCACUCUCCGCAGCAAAAAAACGGAUCAGACUGUGGUGUAUAUGUAGUCGCAAUAACAGAUCACUUGACUCAGCGGCUUCUUAAUAUCAAUCCAGAAACAUUCUCUCCGCUGACUGAUUUAAUUCUCGCGCCAAAUGAUAUUCCAGCCGCUUCUUUCACAAGGAAGAUGAUGCGAUCUCUAGUAGCCAAUUUGGUUAAGAAGAGUAGAGUAUAUGAAUGA